CCUCCCAGGUGCCCUUUGCUCGCUAUCUGGCCAUGAAUAAGAUCACCAACAUGAAGCGCUACCACAUCGCUAAAGUCUACAGGAGGGACAACCCGGCUACGAGCAGGGGACGCUACCGGGAGUUCUACCAGUGCGAUUUUGACAUUGCUGGCCAGUUUGACCCGAUGAUUCCUGAUGCUGAGUGCUUGAAGGUUGUGCAUGAGAUCCUGAGUGACCUGCGGCUCGGGGACUUUCUCAUUAAGGUCAAUGACCGGCGGAUUUUGAACGGUGUGUUUGCCAUCUGCGGCAUCCCAGAGAGCAAGUUCAUAUCUGUGUGCUCCACUGUGGACAAGCUGGACAAGAUGCCGUGGGAAGAUGUGAAGAAUGAGAUGGUAGGAGAGAAGGGGCUCUCUCCCGAGGCUGCAGAUCGCAUUGGGGAGUAUGUCCAGCUUCAUGGUGGCCUGGACCUGAUUGAGCAGCUUCUCCAGGACCCCAAGCUGUCCCAGAACAAGCUGGCCAAGGAGGGGCUGGGGGACAUGAAGCUGCUGUUUGAGUACCUGACCCUGUUUGGGAUCACAGAGAAGAUCUCCUUCGACCUGAGCCUGGCGCGGGGCCUGGACUAUUACACAGGGGUGAUCUUUGAGGCUGUUCUGCUGCAGCCAAAGAACAACCAUGUGGAGGAGCCAGUCAGCGUGGGGAGCGUGGCUGGAGGCGGUCGCUACGACGGGCUGGUGGGGAUGUUUGAUCCCAAGGGACGGAAGGUGCCCUGCGUGGGCGUCAGCAUUGGGAUCGAGCGGAUCUUCUCCAUCCUAGAGCAGAGAGUGAAGGCUUCUGGGGAGAAAGUUCGAACAACUGAGACACAAGUGCUGGUGGCCACACCUCAGAAACACUUUCUUGCUGCGAGACUGAAGCUCAUCUCUGAGCUGUGGGAUGCAGGGAUCAAGGCAGAGAUGCUGUACAAGAAGGAUCCUAAACUGCUGAAGCAGCUGCAGUAUUGUGAGGACACAGGGAUCCCCCUUGCUGCCAUUGUAGGAGAGCAGGAGCUGACAGAUGGAGUUGUCAAGCUGCGAGAUGUCGCAACAAGAGAGGAGGUCGAUAUCCCAAGAGGAAAGCUUGUUCAUGAGAUCAGAAGAAGGCUGGAGCCCUAG